AUGGUUGGGCCAAAACCCAUUAGCAAGGAGCUACGGAUGCGAGCUGCAACAAAAAAGUGUGGACUAAUCCGGAAGUGGGCGGCGCACUGUCGCCGGAGUUCGCGGAACACUGCCGCCGAACAAGUCCACAUCGUUUCCUCCAUCAACGUCGUCCUUUCGUCUAACACCAACGGUUGGUGUUUCACGUUUCUUCCUCCACGCACCGGGCGGAAUCUACCAACGACCUCGUUCUACUUUGAAGAUCUGUCGUUUUGGCACAGUGCUUUUCGACAGGUCACUGUGACGGAAAUUGACUUCACUGAAUGCCAGUCGUCAGUCCCUUCUCAACUCGAUUUGCUUGUCAGAGACCACCCUCCCGCACCAUAUUCUAAGAACUUUAACACAGGGAUUGUCGGUGUGCCUGACCAGACUACCAACGAGAUGACUGGGGACACUACAAUCCGCGAUUCCAACGCUGAAUCCAACAAUAUGACCAACGAUGACCACUCGUUAAUAAAAUGCAGUUGUGUUUUGUCUGACCGACGCCUCGCAGAAUGCACAAAUACAGUUGAGGGAAGGACGGAAAACAAUAUUGGUGGGGCGCAAAAUGAGGCCAAUUGUGGACGGAUGAUUCAACCUCAAUUCUAUGUAAAAUAUGAUAAAUAUCAUGAAAGGGAGGACUCGGAUGACGAGCGAGAGUGCUCGUCUAGUCCCUGUCAAGCACCGUGGGGUUACUAUGAGGGGUUCAACCACGAUUUUUCAUCUGCAUCGGCUCCUGUGGAGCUCAUGUCUACGAGUCCCGAUACUUGCGAGCGAGGGCAUUCUCAACGCGUGCUCUAUUCGUGUCACCCCCAAAACAAUGGCGCGUACAUCAACAAGGAAUUCCACAAGGGAACUCUUAUUGAUUCAGAUAAAGAAGGGUGUAGCAAGUGCCCCAAGGUACCAACACGUCGCAUUCUUCAACCCCUACCCGUUUCGGAUUCUGUUGAACCGACUCAUGGGACGACUGCCCCAUAA